AUGUCUUCUUCAUCCUGGCAAGAUCGCCGGUUCAUGUUUCCGUCGGGCAAACAGGUCCACGAAGGCAGCACUGGGUACACCCCAGCAGAAAAACAAACACCUCCAACGACCAUUCCAGCCAGCACUACAGCUGUUAGUGGAAGUCCGCCGGCUGCCAAAGUCCUUCCCUCUUGGGAUGGUGACCGACGAUUCAUGUUCCCUUCCGGAAAACAGGUACAUGAGCCCGGCCGGAGGCUGUCGGGCUCGAGUGGCACCAGUGGUAAAGCCGUAGACUCGUCUGCAAAGGCAAGCUCUCCACCAGCUGCGAGCUCUUCGCCGCAGACGGCUAUUGCCAAUGCAAUUGCGGGGAGAAGACGGUCAUCUGCUUCCUCUCAAGGCGGAAUGUUCAGCGGCCUCAUGGCACGACGCGGCAGCGACGAACACAACGAUCGCAGGCAGAGCUGGGAAGACAUGAAGUCUCCAGGUGGUGUUGGAGGCAUAUUCAGCGGGAUCCUGGGCAAGCCUUCUGAAAAGAAGUAA